AUGUUCGGCUUCGUCAAAAUCGCCAGCUUCCUUGUGGUUGCCGCCAACCUGGUGGCUGCCGCUCCCAGUGCCGCCGUCGCCGGAACCGCUGUUCCCGGCGAAUACAUUGUGGUGUUCAAGAAGAAUGCCGCUGCCGCAGCUGUUCAGUCUCACGUUAGCGCGCUGAAAGGGGCGAAUUGGGCAGGCACCGCUUUCGCUGGCCAAGGAUUCGGUCUCAAAGCGGAAUACAGUUUCGGUGGGUUCCGUGGCUACCAUGCCAAACUUCCUCAGAGUGCCGUCGAAAAGCUCUCGAACGAUCCCAAUGUGGAAUACUUUGAGCCCAACAAGAUCGUGACGGUGCAAGGCACGCAGACCAACGUUCCCUCCUGGGGCAUCUCCCGUGUCGAUCAACGCGCUGGUCCCGCGGAUUCAACCUACGUAUACCCUGACUCCGCCGGAGCUGGUGUCGACGCUUAUAUCAUCGACACUGGCAUCUACAUUAGCCAUCCCGACUUCGAGGGACGUGCGAAGGUCGGUGCCUCUUUCGUGACCGGCGACGGCGAUGCCGAUGGAAACGGACACGGUACCCACGUUUCUGGAACCAUUGGAUCCAAGACUUACGGAAUUGCCAAGAAAGUGAACCUGAUUGCAGUCAAAGUCCUGAACGCGCAGGGAUCUGGAACGAACGCUGGCGUUAUCCAAGGCGUUCAAUGGGUUGCCACCAACGCUCCAAAGACUGGCAGGAAGUCAGUUGCCAACAUGAGCCUCGGCGGCUCGGCCUCCACUGCUCUCGAUCAAGCGGUUCAAGCUGCCAUUCAAGCCGGCGUGAGUUUCGCGAUCGCCGCAGGCAACAGUGCGGGUGACGCCUGCGCCCUUUCUCCGGGUCGCGUCCCAGAAGCUGUGACCGUCGGCGCUUCAGACUCGUCUGACACUUUCGCCAGCUUCUCCGAGGGUGGUUCCUGCGUGGAUAUUGUCGGACCUGGUGUCUCGAUUACGUCCACUUGGAACAACGGCCAGACCAACAGCAUCAGCGGCACAUCUAUGGCCACCCCUCACGUCGCCGGCGUGAUUGCGCUCGUCCUCAGCGAGGGCAAGGCGAGCUCCCCAGCCGAAGUUUCCGCCUACCUGAAGUCCGUCGCCACGAAGAACGUGAUCAAAAAUAUCAAGGCAAACACCCCCAAUUUGCUUUUGUCCAACGUUUUCGGUGACGUUGUGCCCCCAUCUCCCACUGCCACCGCCACCACCGUCCAGCCCACUGCCACCGCCACCCAGAAGCCCACACCCACCCCUACCCCCUCCAAGUGCCGAUUCCCGGCUUGCUUGUGGACUCCCAGCUGCUCUACCUGCGAUUGGGGACGCUGA